AACGUCAUCGCUACCACGUGAUCGCUCAUUCAAUUUUCAACACCGUGAUGACAAUGUUGACGUUUCUGAAAGCAGGAACAGCCUGCCGCAAGUGAUUGAACAUUUUCAUAGAAAAACAUGAACACAAACAACGAUAAGGGGGGUAACUCCAUCUUGAUAAAACGGGUUGAUAAGUUGCUGGAGUCUCGACUUGAAAAUGACAAGGAUACUUUAGAAGCUCUCAAAGAAUUGUCCACGUUUUUUACUGACAAUACUCUGAACGCACGAAGAAAUCUGCGGAGUAAAAUAGAGCGGAGGAGCUUGCACAUCAACGAAGACUUUUUAUCAGCAUUUAGAGAAGUAAAGUCCGCCUUGGACGGGAUAUACGACGAUGUAGUAGCCAUGAACUCCUCUGUCCAAACUAUGACCAAUCAGCUGCAAAGUACCAAAACACAGACACUCCAACUAAUCGAUCAAACUACGAAACUACAAAAUGAGAGCAAAAAAUUGUCCAUGCAGCAGGAUGUCGCCAAUACAUUUAUCAAGAAAUUCCAACUGACUUCGUCCGAACUCGCCAUACUGCAUGGCCCCUCCCGAGAAGCGCCUAUUACAAACGAGUUCUUUGCUGUUGCUGAUCGUGUACAGGAGAUACAUAGCAACUGUCGAAUCUUGAUGCAAUCUGGCUACCAAACGUUGGCACUGGAUGUGAUGCAGAGAAUGACGCUGCUCCAAGAAGCGGCAUUGGAGAGGUUAUAUCGCUGGACGCAAAGCCAAUGUAGACACAUUGAGAAUGAGCUGCUUGCUCCGCUAUUGAUCAAAGCAAUGAGCAAGCUGGAGGAUCGGCCUGUUCUCUACAAAUACGUAUUAGACGAGUAUUGUACUGCCAGGAGGUCCAUCUUGGUUGGAUCAUUCAUUGAUGCGCUAACACUUGGCCACGCAUUUGGAAGUAGUUCCAACCCAAUAGAAAUGCACGCUCAUGACCCAAAGCGGUACGUAGGAGAUAUGCUCGCCUGGCUACACCAGGCCAUUCCAGUUGAGAAAGAAAAUAUAUUAACGCUGGUAAAAGCAUGCGAUAAAACGGAUGUAUCGGAUCAGAUUAAAACAGCUCUCGGCAAUAUAACGGAGGGGCUUUGCCACCCGUUAAAAUCCAGGGUUGAGCACAUCCUCGCGGUGGAAGCUCCUGCAACAGUUUUUUAUUCAGUGACAACAUUGAUCAGAUUUUAUCAGGCGAUAAUAACGCAAGUCGUGCCUGACAGCUUGUUGACAACUACCCUGAACGAUCUCUUGGAGCAAAGCGAACGUAGUUUCGUUACUCGACUUCAGAGAGAAACUCGAGCUGCUCUGGGAGAUCGCGCGGAGCCACCAGGUACCGAUCUGGUUCCAGCGCCAUCGGUUUCCAGGCUACUCUCUCUCCUCAACGAAGUUCUCUCUGUUGCGAGCAUAGCUGAAGAGAGAGAGAAAGACAUGCUUCAAAUUGUAUCCUGUGUGAUCGAUCCGUUACUGCAAGAGGUAAAUGAAACUGCAUCGAGAUUACCAACCGUGGAUAUGGCUGUGUAUCUUCUGAAUUGUAUGCAUCAAAUACAAUCUACUUUGGCCUUGUACGAGUACAUGGAUCAGAGACUGGAAAGACUACAGGCGCAAGCAGAUGCGCAGCUGGAUACCCUGACAUCUGAGCAAGCUAGUUCUCUGGUUGCAAAUUUAAAUCUUGGACCAAUAUACACAAUCCUGCAAGGACGAGAACAAGGCCCUCUAUCAACGAUCCCUGGAAUGGACCCACUGAGCGUAAAAGAAUUCACGAACAAACUGGAAGCUUUUCUGGUGAUGCCGGAUAUUCUUUUGUUGCCCCAAAUCAGUUUGUUGCAGAGCAAUACGCAUCGAACAAUUACGCAGAAACGAUCGUUUGAAGUUAUUGGUGCAAUAUACAAACAGCUUUAUGACAGUUGUUAUGAUCCUAAAAAUAACUAUCAAAAUCCAAACAGCUUAUUCGCGAGAACACCGGAAGAACUGUUGAAAGCGCUAGUUUCUUAACGCCGCUCAAUA